CCCUCAGGGAUCAAAGGUGACAUCUCUAGUUUUCAUUCUAAAGUGGUAACCCAGGACAUGUCUCAAUUUUUCAGUUGUCUAGGAGGCUUUUAUCCACAAGAAUCAAGAUCUUCCUUCUUGGAUCAGGAUUCCUUUGUAAAACGAAGUUUUUUUGAUCACCACUGGCGUAAAGAAACAGUCAUAAUUAUACAAUGAAUCUGGUCCGAGAUCGGUGGGCUUGUCACAGCAUGGCCAUGGACGCAGUCCGUAAUUCCAACUCUGAGCUGGUAUAUCAUGGUAUUUCCACACGACCAAAGAGAAGGCGUGUAUUAAACACAAGCAAAUACAGAGAAAACCCAUCUCCAUUUUUCCUAGUCCAUUCCAUUGCUAUAGCUCUGGGGAUCCACUUCAUUGUUAUGGUAAUGAUAUGCGGUGCCAUAAUCAUACAUUCAUUAUUCCACCAAGAAGAUCCACUUCCUUUACAAGAAAGUUAUUGUGGCCCAUGUCCUAAAAACUGGAUAUGUUAUAGAAAUACCUGCUACCAAUUUUUUAAUGAAAGCAAAAGCUGGUACCAAAGCCAAGCCUCUUGUGUAUCUCAAAAUUCCAGUCUCUUGAAGAUAUACAGCAGAGAACACCAGGAUUUCCUAAAAUUGGUGAAGUCUUAUCAUUGGAUGGGACUAAUACAAACUCCACCAAAUGGAUCAUGGCAAUGGGAAGAUGGCAGCAUUCUCUUACCCGACCAACUAACCAUGGUUGACAUGCAGAAUGGAACCUGUGCAGUUUACGGGUCAAAUUUUAAAGCCUAUACAGAAAACUGUUUAACUCCAAACACAUACAUCUGCAUGCAGAGGAUUGUGUAAACGCUGAUGAUGUAUAAAAUAUAAAAGAUUCAAACACACCGAAGCCUUUUGCCAAAUGUGCUGUGGAAAAAACUUCCGGCAGAAAAUUCCACCAAUAAUUAUUGUAUUAUUUUUCCAUCUAUGACCCGACACAAAAAUAACCUUGCAGGGGAAUAAAGGCCAAUAAGUUAAAAAACUUAUCUUCCAUAAGAAUGUUUUGUUUAAUUUUUGCAAAAUUUUGGGUAACGAACAGAUUCAUUUUUGCAUUUAAUAAACUGUUGAUGAAACCCAGGGUUGAACUAAAUUUCAAACUAUGAGUUUAUUAAAUGUACACAAAAAUUUACACUAAGAAGGCUUUUAGAAAUUUUGAAAAUCAAAUAAAUCUAAACUGGGUGAAGGGUAUAUGAGGGUUCGUGAAAUUUACUAUAUUGAAACAUUUUCAAAAUAAGGGUUGAAAGGUCAACAGAUACACCCUCAAAAUUUCAAAAUGCCACUGCCAUUUUAAUACAGCACAUUUUGGUAGAAAUUGAAUUACUCCCCCUAGUACUGCGCUGACUGCUGCAAAAUACAGAAAAUGAAGAAUUGGGUUUGAAGCGGACUUUCUAGGCUUCCAGGCAAAAAUGGCGUUUGAAUGUGAAACCCGUGGAGCGACCAAGAUGUUUCUCGGCAAACCAGUAGGAUGACAGAACUCUUGGCAAAUGGAAUAAUAACGUGCAAGUGAGCAGCAUUUGGAAGAGUCUGUGACUCUAAAGGAAGCCACUUUGUAUUGAUAGGUCUGGUUCUGCGUUUUAUUUGUUCAUUCAUUCGUCUGUUUUAGAUUCCACAUAUGAGUGAAAUCCAAUAGUAUUUGUCUUUCUCAGCCUGACUUAUUUCACUUACCAGAAUAUUCUCCAGGUCCUUCCAUGUUGUCAACAAAUGGCACAAUCUCAUCCUUUUUUAGGGCUGUGUGAUAUUCCAUCGUAUAUGUCCAUAUAUAUCUACCAUGUCUUCUUAUCUAUCUGUCUAUUGGUGGACAUUUAGGCUGCUUCCAUACCUGAAGCGAACGUAACAUCGUGUGUCUACUAUACACAUACCGAAAAAAGUUACCAAAAAAAAAAUCCAUUUUGAUAAGAGCAGAAUGAUGAAGAAGACAAGGAGCUUAAGAAGGGGAGGAGAGAGAAGCAGAGGCUAAAUCCAGAGGUGUGGACCUUUGUGCACCCAUUAUAAUUUUGGUUUUCAUUCCAAGUGCACUUGCCAUUUGUGUGUUUUGUGACAGGCAUGAAGCCAUGGAUUGAACAGCGUUUUCACGGAAAAUUACAAUAAAACGUCAUGAAAAAAAUCAAUUUAAUUUUUUUUAAUUUAAUUAAAUUUUUUAAUUUAGUUUUUAAAUGUUUGUGUAAAGUAAUACGCAUCAAUCAUAAUUAACAACGCUUAGCAUUUAGUCAAGUUUGUUUUAAGAUUUUAUUAUUAAAUAUUUAAAUCACAGAGAGUGAAAUGUUCUCACCACAACAAUAAAAUGAUAAUUAUGUGACCUGCUGGAUUUGUUAACUAACCUUAUUGUGCUAAUCAUUUGUAUUGUAGAUUUGCUUUAUGUAUCAAUUGUAUUUUUAAAAUCCAUAAUAUUUUAUAUAGUUAUAAAGACGCAGAAAUGUGAAAUCAAGCUUAUUCAAUGUAGUAUUAAACUAUCUCUGUUUUUAAUAGCAAUUUUAUGCUUGCCAAUGUUAAGCUAGCCUAUGAAAUGUAUUUAGAAAUGCUUUUUCUAUUUUCCAAAACGGCUUAUAUAAAAUUGAAAAAUAUAACCAUGAAAUUUUCAAAGAAA